UUUCAUUUUCAUCAAAGCUACAAGAAAAAGAAGAAGAGAAACAUCAACAACACUCAAGUGAAGCUAUGGCUAAUGACAAGGAUCCUCUGAGCCAGCUCAAGGACCUGGGGGACCUGAAGGAUCAGCUGGAGGAUAUCCAGAGACGGAUCGAGGAUGAGAUACAGACUGGGGUUCCUCCAGGUGGCAGUCUGCUGGCUUCUCCUUUCCUGAAAGGUUUUCUGGCUGGGUACAUUGUUGCUAGGCUACGCUCCUCAGCGUUGCUAGGUGUUGCUGUUGGAACGUGUACAGGAAUCUAUGCGGCACAAAAUUAUGCCGUUCCCAACAUUGAAAACACCAUCAAAGACUACAUCCGUAAUCUGAAAGAAGGACGCAAGUGAGGAGACGGGAGGAAAAAUAAGAAGAGGGUGCCUUUACAGCUGCAUACGGGAACAGACACAGUACCUGUCAAAACUUUGGACGCACCUUCCCGUUCAUUUGAAUGAGAAAGUGUGUCCAAAGUUUUGACUGGUACUGUAUGUAUUUGGAAAAAGUUUUAGAUGUUUCAACAGCUAUUAAUUUCUCCUUCCACAUGGAUGGAUAAAUAGUCAAAUUCUAAAGUUGCAAGCCAACAUGUAGAGUAAGGAGCCACCUGAGUAUAGAAAAGGGGUGACUGUAAUGCAUUUUGAAUAGUCUGAGCAUAUACUAAAAUGAUUACAAAUGCAAUUAAUCAUUA